AUGUCCCUAAAAUUUGAAUCUUGAUGGUUUGAUUUUUAUCCAAUCUAUUCUCUGAAGCAAAUUGACUCCAUGCCUAUAUACAUUAAGUUCCAGUCCUUAAAAGCCUAUUUCAAAACUAGCAAUGAAUCCUCUUCAGAAGCGUUCUGAAGAGAUGACAAUUGCGACAUCUAUGAAUGAUUUGACAAGCCAUCCUCAUCAGGAGAAAAGAUUGGCCACGAUUUCAAUUCAGAUACUUGGUUUUACGAGCACUGGUUCAUAGACAGCGAAAUUCACACGACAAUAAAAUCAUGGAUUACUAAAUCUGCAAUAGAAUGAGGAGUCAUCAUUAAAAUUUAUCCAGAUCAUAAGCUUCAUACGUCGUGGAAUUUACAAGAUGGGGUCAAAACCUUAGAAGAGUCUGUUAUAAAAGAUGGCUGCACUGCUGGAACUAGAAGAAGACUAAACUGCACUGUAAAUGGUAUUGAAGAUUCGAUAACAAAUUUUAAGGAAAAAAAUGAUGAGAAGUGAACAGAAGAAACGUGAACAAAAGGGACUGCUAGAGGACAAGAAAAAGUCUAUAAGAAAGGAAAUGAGGCAAAUGGAAAGAGCUGAAGCGAAGAUUAUGAUUCUGGGGAAAAAUGCGAAUGGAACAGUCAAGAUGGGAUUGUAAAUGGCAAAAAAGAAGGAUGGAAUCCUAAAGUGAAAUGGACAGAAAUUUGGAAGAAAGGAGGAAAUUAUGAAAAAACUGAUAAAGAAUUUGUGGAAGGCAAUAAGAAAUGGGGAAUCAUAAAAGAGAUAAAAAAAUCAUCAACUUAUAAGUUGGAGUGGGAAGGCGAAAAGCCUUCUUUUGAAGGAAAUGGCCAAGAAAACUCAUCUGCUGAAAAAUUAGCAGACUUGAAUAAUAAAUUGCAAGAAGAUUUUUCAUUAAAGUGAAAAAGCGCUCUUGACUUGUGCCUUGAUCUAAUUUCUCAAUCUAAUGAUACUUUGUCGAAGAUUGAAUUCCUUGAUCCUAGCUUAGAUGAUCAAGUUUCAAAGAGAAGAAACCAAUUAUCCUCCAAAAUCAAUGAAUUAAAUAAAAAUCCAGACGAAAAUAGCUUACCUUGUGCAGUAAAAUUACUAAAAGAGCUUGAAAUCUUAAAAUGCUUAAUUUUGGAUGACCAUAUUAAAGAUCCUUUAAUUAAGAGCUUAGAACUGAAUGAAUUUAUAGGAAAUAAACUUGCAGAAUUAAUGAGCAUACCAGAUCUUUCCAAAAUAAAAGAUUUGGAAGAAAAUUUCAAGGACUUAAACAGUUUGGUAAAUAAAGAAAAACGCACAGCUUAUAUCAAUAAAUCAUUAGUUUGCAGUAUUUGUGGAAUAGAAGAUAUAGAUAACGAAUUCGCUCAAAUCAUAGCGACAUUAACAAUAAAUGCCAAUAAAUAUAUUGGAAUUUUGCCUUUUGACAGUAAAUACCUCUUAAAAUUUAUUUACUCAAAUGGCACACAAUCGCAGUCUUCAAUUUCAAAAUCUUUAAACUUGCUUGGAGAUAUGAUCAAAAGCGAUAUCAACAAAGACUCAUUGAAAGAAAUAAUUGAUAGCGGAAAUAGCGCUAUGACAGGGGUAAUUCCAAAUGACCAAGCCGAAGCAUUGGUACUAAUCAAUAAAACUGUAGAGCUGCUUCUAUCAAGUUUUGCAAAUGAAACUGAUGCGAUUCAUGACCUUCUUAUCAAACUCAAAGAAGAGAUCGAAUUCUCUGAGCAAUCAAUCCCAUCAAAGUCUUCCAGCUUAGGAAAACCACCUAGACCUACAAAAGUCCGCUCAUCAAAACCGCCUCUGCCAGCCUUACCUGCAGAGCCCGAGGGAAAAAAUGAUAUAGAAAAAGCUAAUGAAAGCUUGAUAAUUCAAGCUGAAAACUAUAAAAAAAUUGUCAGCACACUUGAAAACGAAAACUCAAUGCUCAAAAAACGCUUAGGCUGUCUUGAAAAACUCUGUGGCAGCAAAACUAAAGAAUUUUCCAACGCAGCAAUACAGGCAAGUGAAGAAAUAAUUUUUCAGUCUUAUGAAAACUCCCCUCUAAGUUCUCGCAGUUUUAUCAGUGAGAGAGGAGACUAUACGCCUUCGUCUUCGGUUAUUCUUGAAGAAACCAAAAACGAAGAAACUGAAUCUUCAACCACCACAAAAGUGAUAAGGAGAAUUAUUAAGAAAACGACCAUUAAAAAGAGAAUAAAUAGAUCAUUAGUUUCUUAA